UACACACGCCCCUAGCUGCCUCACCUUGUCUUGGAACGAUAAAUAGCGGCCAACUCCACGACAGCUUCACCUCAACUUCUCAUCACAACAUCUACAUCUGCCUUCACAGGGUGAGUCUUCAGAAUGACGCAAUUCAACUUCAUAGCCACCAACCAGGAGCUUCGUAAGGGCGACUCCCUUAUGAGUCAAGAUGGGAGCCACAAAGCAAUCUUUCAGGAUGACGGCAAUUUUGUCAUCUACAAGUGGUCUCCAAGUUGGCAUUCCAACACGGCUAACGAUGGGGGAAUCAGAGUUCUGCUGCAAGAGGACAACAACCUGGUUAUGUACACCAAGGAGAGGAAAGCCGUGUGGUCCUCUGUCACCUGGAAUGAAGCGAACUCCAACAAGAUGCGUCUGACCAUGACAAACGAAGGUCACCUGGUCCUUGACAAGGAUGCUCAGACCGUCUGGAGCUCUGAGAAUUCUGAAGGUCAGAAAGAGUAAAGAGAGGUUGUUCGGGAAAGAUCUCUUUGAUUGAGAACUGAUCUCUGUGUUUGACAGCUGAUCUCUGUGCUUGAGCACACAUCUCCGUUCAUCAAAUGUUGAGAUUCUGGAUGACAAUAAACAUUUCAAAAAAAUUGU